AUGGCUGCCAACAAAUUUUGUUCUGUUUGUAUUCUACGUCGAGUUAUUUGUAGCAUUCAUCCCCAACUUCACAAUAUAUACAAUUUACCAGGUGCUCCUUCUUAUGCAACUGCAGAAUCAUUUGGUCAAAGCAUAGAAGAAUUAUCUGCAGUAUUCACCUUUGGUCGCCAAGCAGACCCAUCGGAAUUUCUACUGUUUUUAUUUGAUCAUCUUAUUUCAUGUUUGAAAACCGAUGAAGUUGUGAUGAAUAUAAAUUCAUCUGUAAAUCCUAUUCAACGUAUAUUUGGUGUAAAUAUACUGUCCACAAUUACAUGCAAAGUUUGUUCUAAUCAAUCAUCUGUUGAAACUUGGGAAAGCAUUUUGUCUUUGCCGAUAACUUCACAUGCAAGUCUUAGUGGAAGUCUUUCAGCAUAUUUCUGCACUGAAGAAUUAGAAAAUGGUGAUUUAUAUGAAUGCUUUCAUUGUAGAAAACAAGUAUCAGCAAAGAAAACUUUAAAAAUUGUUCAGCAAUUACCUGUUGUUUUUUUUCAUUUCAAACGGUUUCAUUAUGAUUUAAUGCUACAAGUAACUCGAAAAAUUCAUAAAUUUAUAAUGUAUCCGGAAAUACUUACUCUUGAUUCGUAUUUUGAUGAAAUUAAUACAGAAUCAAACAAAGAAAAUGAUAAAGACGGUAGUUAUUUAUAUCAGUUAAAUAGUGUAGUUGUACAUGUAGGUGAAUAUGCAACCAGUGGUCAUGUUUUUUCUUAUGUUCUUUCACCUGAUGGAAAUUGGUACAAAGCUGAUGAUGAAUUAGUAACACCAGUUAAAUUAGAUUCUGUACUGGGUGAUGAAAACGCCUACAUCUUAUGUUAUAGUAAAGUACCCAAGAUUUUAACACAUGUAUCUGACAAUGACACGCUAUCGUCUCCUACACAUUCAUCUUCUAUUGUGAUUUCAUCGACUCCAAUACAUACAUGUCAUGAUAUUAGUGAAGUUAACAAUAGUAAUCAUACAGUUGCAAAUUUAUUUGAAGAGGAAAGUCCCAUUUCGUCCAACAACUGUUUUGAGCAUGAAUAUAAUAAAGAUAACUUACUUUCAAAUGAAUAUCUUUCGAUUUUGAAUGAAGAUGAUUCUUCGAUACAAGAAUAUUUAUCUGAACAUGAACGAUCGUUAUCAACGUUAACAGAUACUUCAAGUAUUCAGUUGAAUGAAAAUAUUCAAGAUGCUGAAAUUGGUAAUGAUUUUGUCGCUGAGACACCCGUAUUGCAUCAAUUUCAUCUUCGAUCACUUGAUCUUGCUAAAUUACAGCUGAUUAGAGCUGAAAAGACGAAGAAGAAAAAAAAUCGUCUUCUUGAAAAAAUGGGUUUAUUUAAUGAAUCAGAUAUUCCAACAAAUGCAAAAAAAAUUUUUAUUUCAAAACAAGCUAAGAUAUUGAAAACCACCCUUCACAAACCCAUGUGCACUGAAGGAGCAUCUGUUUAUCGCAUGUAUCAAGAUAAAUUACAACAACGUACAGCUGAACAAAAAAAAGCUCAAAAUUAUGAUAAUGUUGGAAAAAGUAGAUGUAUCUUGAGCAAAAUUAAGUCAGAAGGAGCAAUGGAGUAUCUGUUGGCAUCAGAUGUAGACCAGGGUCUAUUUAAAUUGUUGGAAAAAUUUAAAGCUGAAGUUAAUCCAAAUGGAAUAAUUAAAGGUGCAAUUCAAUUUAUAUCUAAAUAUCCCUGCCAAAUAAUCAUCUAUUCUGAAUCGUCUAUCCGAUUGUUUGAUACUCUUAUAAAGCAUAAGAAUACUAUUUUAUCAUGGGAUGCAACCGGGAGUGUAAUCAAGGAAAAAGGUUUAAAUCGUUUACUAUAUUAUGAAAUGAGUAUAACAUUACCUGGUGUUGUCAAUCAAGAUAGCAUUGUUCCCAUUACAAUAAUGAUUAGCAAUUCUCAUGCUUUAGUUGAUAUCACUCAUUGGCUGAUGUUAUUCAAACACAGUUAUUCUCAGGUUUUUGCUGGAAGAAAAAUUCCACAACCUCGUAUUGUGCUAAGUGAUAGAGCUCAAGUUUUUCUUAUUGCAUCUUUGAGAGUAUGGAACAAUGAAAAUAUGAACGACUUCCUCAACAGAGCUUAUAGAAUAGUCACUGGUUGUGGUACUAAAUUAGAUUGUGACAAAACGAAUAUACAUGCAUGCUUAUCACAUGUUCUUUUAGAUUCCAGAAAAAUCAUUAACAAAUGUAUUCCUGAUGAAUUUCGAAAUUUUGCUAUGUGGUGUAUAGCUUUACUCAUUAAUACAUCAACAUGGAAUGAAUUUAUUAAUAAUUGGAGAUUGAUAUGCUUUGUUUUUAUCGAAUUACAUUUGGGUCAACAGCACGUUAAUCAAGAACAUCGAGAAGCUCUAAUUUACAAAAUAAGUAAGAUCAAAAACGACACAAAUACAACGAGUGUUAUUAAAUCAAGUGAUACAAUGCCAGAUGAUGAUGCUAAUAGCUUUUAUUGCUCGAAUAUCUAUGACUUUAAUGAAAGUGCUGACGAGCAAGGCCCUGAACCAAUUGCAAAAUCAAUAAAAAAAAAGAUUACCAUUGAUGAAGAACAAAAUGCCAAUGCAACUAAUUCUCCAUUUAAAUUUACAAUUAAUCAAAUAUUUUCGGAUAUUUUAAAAAGUUAUGGUAUUUCUAUGGAAGAAGUUCGCAAUAAAAAUUCACGCGGCAUAUUUAAAUGGUUUAAAUAUUUAACAACUUCAUUUAUGCCCACAUUGCCCAUAUGCCAUAUUCUCUUAUUUGCUUCUGUAGGUGAUUUAAGUCGUCAUAGUCGACAAAUGGUUUAUUCAUUUGAAGCUAUAAUCAUCAACAAUGAAGAACAACGUACUACUGCAAUCAGUGAGAGACGGAUGGGCAUCGUAAAACGCAAUCAAUUAGAGUAUCCAUCUAUAUCUUGUGUCAUGUUAACUGAUUUCUAUAUCUUAGGUGGUGAAAUACAUUUACGACUUGAUAUUUUAUUGUCAAUCUUAAUUCCAGAUAUGCUAUCCAUGAUUGACGAAUAUUGGAAUAUGUUACUUAGUUACAGAACAACAUCCAUCAAUAGUUCAAAUAAUGAUAAUACUAUGAUUGUUGAUGAGCAACGUUUUAAACCUAUCGAGGAACGUUGGAGGCAAAAAAGUUCAAAAAGAGGUACAGGAUACUAUACCAAGUGUCCUGAUGAGCCGAUUGUUACUGAUCUUCUAUCCUGUCUAUUAGCAUCACAGGUAAACUUAAAUCAAAACUUAAAACUUCCUGUAAUUAGUCCUAAUUGGUUGAAUACUGCGAUUGGUAUGUUGUUGUCGGUCGGAAAUAAUGAUACUCAUCAUUAUUCAUAUACUUUAUCAUCAACAAAUAGUUCUGUUCUGAUAUCUGAAAUUUCAAAGUUUUUGGAAAAAUGGUUUAAUUCAACAACAAGUUGUAGACCGACAAGAAUUAAUAUUUCUUCAUUGAAUUAUGAAAUAAAUCAACCACUUGAACAAUCAUCAUUUAUAUUAGAAAAAAUUUUAAUACCACUACUUCCUUGUCAUAUGGUAGUCAAUAAAAUACAUGUAUGCAAUAGGUGUAAAUCAACAACAAAAGUGCGUUCAACCAUUACAUCAAUUCCCAUAAAUAGUUCAUCAACAGGUUUAUAUCUUGAAAGAGAUCUCUUCUCUUAUUUUUCUCCUACACAAUCAGAUUUACUUUGUUCCAUUUGUAAUAUUCCCACUAUUCGCCAUAUGGAGGUGCAACAAUGGCCUCCAAUUCUAUUGUUAAAUAUUACUGAUUCAAAAAAAACCAUUAAAUACCGAAAGCCGCCUACAAUGCUCUCACUUUCACAAUUUGGUUCUUGGAUUGCCAUUGGCUGUCCUUCUUCAAGUAUAUAUCAUUUAGUGUGCUUCAAUAGUAUUAUAAAAUCUGGUGAAGAUGAAACGAUGGUGAGAAUUACAAAAGUAAAAAAAAGUUGGCAAACAAAUAUUCAUAAAAGACCACUUGGUGAAGGAGAUCAUUUACAACGACUUUAUGCGAACAGUCGUAAGUAUCAGCAACUUAUUGAAUCUUUAUCAGAUUAUUCUUUUCAACUUAAUUUUCAAAGUGGAAAUAAUAUCUUUUGCAUUUGUUUCGCUUGCAUAAAUAAUUCUUUUUCUGUAGGAAUCGUAGUCUUUGAACGUAUUCUUGGUUCAAAAACAUUUAACUUGGUUUAUGCUAUUGCUCAAUGUACACUAGAGAAACCUUCAUGCUUGAUCGAUGGCAUUCCACAAUGUACAAGUAUUCAAGAAGCUAUUAGUACAAUUGAAAGACAUCCUUUACUGAACCAAUUAAAUAGUGCUCUUAUGUCAGAUAUUAAAACCAGAUUUUCUUGUUCUUCCUGUUAUGAAGCUUCGGAUUCACUCGAAGAACAAAGUUGUCAAAUAUUUUUAUUUAAGUCAACGAUAUCAAACCAACUAGUAGCUUAUCCUAUCAUAUUUAAAAAUAAUGAUGUAAAUGCUGAUCAAAAAUAUUGUACAAAAUGCCAUUGUUCUGCUAAAAAUUUGGUCAUGAAUGUACACAAGCAAGUGUUUGUCAAAUGUCCACUUUAUUUAAUAGUAAGUGUUUUUAAUUAUUUAGUUGAAAUCUAUAAAAUAAGCUCGAAAAUUCUUUUUAUUGAAUGGUCAACAUAA